AUGGCAACGCAGCCAUAUAUUCCACCCCAAAUCGGGUGGUUGUAUGACCUGGUGCUCUGGACUUUCUCUGUUUUGAUUGAUCUUUUCUUCAGGGAGGUGCAUCCACGCGGUUCCUGGAAAGUACCGAGAAGAGGACCCUUGAUUAUCGUAGCUGCACCGCAUGCCAAUCAGUUUGUCGAUUCACUCAUUCUUAUGCGCGUCGCUCGAAGGGAAGUCGGCCGUCGCAUUUCCUGGCUCAUCGCGGAGAAAUCAUUUCGACGGAAAUUCAUCGGUCUUUUAUCAAGAGGAAUUGGCGCUGUCCCUGUGGCGCGAGCGAUGGACAGCAUGAAGCCUGGAGUUGGAUUAAUUUAUCUGCCCGACCCCAUUAAUGAGCCGACCUUACUGCGCGGAAUCGGCACCAAAUUUGAUGGACCUGGGUUCGAGCCGGAAGGCACCAUACACCUGCCAACAAUCAAUGGCAGUUCCUAUAGCGCAACCAUUGCCGAAAUUAGGGGGCCCGAGGAGCUUGUUUUAAAGAAACCAGUCAAAGAGAAAGACGCUCUGUAUCAAUUGACGGGGAGAACUGAUAUCACCGAUGAUGGAAAGUUCACUGCAACAGGUGCUGAGGCUGGAAACGCGGACUUUGAAGGCUCGAAAUUUAAGACAGCACCUCAUGUGGAUCAGAGCGCAGUUUACAAGGCCGUCUUCGGUAGACUUAGUCAUGGCGGAUGCAUUGGUAUAUUUCCUGAGGGUGGUAGUCAUGAUCGUCCAGAGUUGCUCCCUUUGAAAGCCGGUGUCGCAAUCAUGGCCCUUGGUUCUUUAGCCGAGAACCCGGAUUCAGGAUUGAAAAUCGUGCCGUGUGGAAUGAACUACUUCCAUGCACACAAGUUCCGGUCGAGAGCUGUUGUUGAGUUCGGUAAUCCGAUUGAAAUUCCUCGUGAGCUAGUCGAGAAGUAUAAGCGUGGCGAGAGGCGAGAAGCCGUUGGUGAGCUUCUGGAUACUAUCUAUCAUGCCCUCUUGGCUGUGACUGUGAAUGGACCUGAUUUUGAAACACUGAUGGCCGCUCAAUCUGCUCGCCGUUUGUAUAACACGAAGGGCAAAAAGCUGCCGCUGCCAAUGGUUAUCGAGCUGAAUCGGCGCCUUAUUAAGGGAUAUACCCACUUCAAGGACGAUCCUCGUAUCGUGCAACUGAAAAAGUCCGUCACAAACUACAACAAAGAACUUCGAUUACUUGGGCUUCGUGAUCAUCAGGUUGAAUAUGCCAAGUUCUCCAUUAUCAGGGUAGUUUCCACACUGAUAUACAGACUAAGCAAACUCACCCUGCUAGCCAUUGGAACACUGCCGGGUCUUAUUCUAUUUGCACCUGUCUUCGUCGCGACGAAACUGAUCUCCAAAAAGAAGUCCGAGGAGGCUUUGGCUGCGUCGACUGUGAAGCUUCAAGGACGAGACGUCAUGGCCACAUGGAAACUCCUUGUUGCAUUAGCAUUCGCACCCGCUGUGUAUGCAUUCUAUACUACGCUCUUCACGUACUGGACCUAUCGCAAUAGGAUCCAAGGAUAUGUUCCAGAAUGGGUUCCAUUGUGGGCUGUCAUUUUAUUGGGUGUUUUGCUAUUUCCCACAAUAACCUUUGCCGCUCUUCGCAUUGGGGAAAUUGGCAUGGAUAUCGUAAAAUCUCUCCGACCGCUUAUGCUCUCACUAAACCCUUCAUCUGCAAACACUCUUGUGAAACUCAGAAAAAGACGGGCUGAACUUUCGCACGAGUUGACAGAAGCUGUCAACACGCUUGGUCCUGAACUAUUCCCUGAUUUUGAUUCGACUCGUAUCGUCGCCGAUCCUUUCAAAGGGACCGGCAAUAAAGCUGACGGCGAAAACAAGUCAAGUGAUGAUCCUGUGACCAAAUACACGACGCAGGAACCGCUUCCACGGAAUGAGUCCUUCCACAAUCUGUCCAGCAUUGGAUUUUUCUCUACGCGGCCUGCCAGUCGCAGCCGAAGCCGCAGUACCACAGGUCCUCGCGUCUCUGGUUCUAUCCAGCCACUUAGUGAGAUUGACGGCAAAGGUCGACUAGACGAGGUCAGUAAACGCAUUCGGGGUGCAAUGAGAGAACGCGGUCAGCAACGUCGGCGACGUAGCGAAGACUUUGGCUGGGAAAAUGUCAGUGCGGGAUCUGUUACGCCCCCAGAAGAUGGAGAGAAAAAGAAUCUGUAG